CUAAUAUUUCAUCCUCAAGCCCCCACCAUAGACCAUACAUUCUUAUCCUCGAUUUCCACUCAUUCUUGCGAAAAAAUGGCGCUCGCUCUAUCCAGCCCAUUCGUAAGCAAAAAUCUCUUUCCUCCAACGCUUUCUCUCACUAACAAGGUGAAGGGAGUGGUGGGCAGCAAUCGAAUGCGGUGGAGUUGCAGGAAGAAGGACAUACACCCGGAAUUCUUUGAGGGCUCGAAAGUAUAUUGCAAUGGUGAACUGGUGAUGACAACUGGUGGAACCAAGAAAGAGUAUGUGGUGGAUGUGUGGUCUGGGAACCACCCUUUUUACUUGGGAAGUAGGUCACAGCUUCUUGUCGAUGCCGACCAGGUUGAAAAAUUCCGCAAGAAAUUCGGUGGGUUGUCGCAGAUUAUGGAAAUCCCUGUGCUUAAAGGAGAGAUUGUUCUUCCUCCCAAGAGGAAAUCUGCCAAGGGGAAAAAGAAGUAGUUGGGAUUUGUUUGUUUUUAGGGUAUCUUACUGAAGUAUUUUAGUUGGUUUUGUGCAUUAAUUUAAUGUAUGGUGAAUUAAUAAAUUGGAUUAUUUCACUGUAAUGAAAGGUGGAGGUUUGGUUUUACAGUUAUUUGACUGUUCCUGAUUUCUUGAAUU